AUGUCAGCGCUUUCCACAUUGCUGGCGGUGCUGGCUUUGUGCCUUUUGUGUGGCACGAGCCGUUGCGCCGCCGCCGCCGCCGCCGAGUCCUCGCAGUCCCCUGCGUGGAAGCGGAGUCCCCUGCAAAAGUGGCUUGGCGCGGAAUGGUCGCAAAAGCAUGAGGCGCCACUUUACUGGUUCCUGCAGCAGCAGCACCACCACCGCCAGCCGCGGCAGCAAUAUAUACCCCUCGCAGACAAUUCAACAUCCCACCUGGCGGCCCCGCACACUCCGCGCCGAGUGCACGGGUCAGCGCACACCGCCCGCAUGGCAGGGGUUGCAGGGGCGGGUGCGUGGCCUCUAGAGUCGAACUACGGUCGCUACAUCAUUGUGAGACUCGGCAAACUCAGUCGGGGGGAGCGGCGGAAGGUGUGGUACGCCUUGAUGAAGCAUGGCCUGGAAGACAUCCACAUCAUUGACGAAUUGCACAUGCUCGUUUAUGUUGAUUCCCCGCGUGCCAACCGGCUUCGAAGAGCUGUUGAGGCCGCCGAUGACGGCGCGGCGCCGCCGCUGUCGCUUCUGACGGUGUUGGACGUCUACUCCACUUCCGCCGGGGCGCACCUCAAGCUCUCGCGUGUACUUCGCCGUUCCAUGAAUAGCUGUGGUGCCCUGCAUGGUGCUGCUGGUCGUGGUGGUGAAGAGGACUUUAAUCGACUGGCAGAGCACGGCUCCCGGUGGCGGUUGCCGCUGGACGUUCGUACGGCCGUGGGGAGAGAGGAGGUUGUGGAGGAGUCACUGCGAGGUGUGCUCCGGAAGGCGGCCGACGUGUCAGUGGGGUGUCGCUGGGACAUUGUUAGCUCGCCUGCUGGCAAGGGACACGUGCGAUGGGUGCUGGCACUUGCUUCACAGGGGCGACAAGACGGGGACGAGGAGGCGAGCCUCAUCUGUCGCUGCGCCGCCUUCAUCCACGCGGUAGUGCGGCACCCCGCGGUGCGGUGGAUGGAGGUGGCUGUUGAGCAGGUUGCCCCGCUCAACUUCCACGCGACUGCGCUCGUACAGCAUGGGGAGCAGGAUGAGGCGCAGCCGUUUCGUCCCUUCUGGGGCGGGGGGAUCAACGGCAGUGGGGAAUUGAUCGGGGUGGCGGAUAGCGGCGUCGACUUCGACAGCUGCUUCUUCCACGACCCCAAGGAGUCCGUGACGCUCUACCCAAAAGUGAACCAUCGCCACCGCAAGGUGGUGUCGUUUGUUCCGAGCGAUUUAUUCCCUGGCGAGGUGUUGAUUGGCGACAAAGAGCGAGGGCACGGCACGCACGUGGCGGGCACGGUGGCAGGGCACAUGCUCGGUAACGGGGAGAAUUCCAAGUACGACGGCGUCGCCAAAGGAGCGAAGCUCUUUUUCACGAGCCUUGGCGCCCGCAGCCAGUCCAUGCUGACGCUCCCGGUUGACAUCACGGAUGUGUUUCGGCCUGGCUAUAAGGAGGGGGCGCAUAUCUUCUCCAAUUCGUGGGGAUUUUUUGCCCCGGGCGAGUACACGGCGGUGGAAAAGAGCAUGGACUCCUUGGCAAGCCAGAUGGAGGAUGCCCUCAUCAUCUUUGCAGCCGGCAAUACCCCCAACUCCGGCUUGCUAACUCCUUGUCGAGCCAAGAACAUGAUUUGUAUUGGGGCGCACAAGAACAGUUUCGAUCGAUACGAGCAAAACAUCAUCGCGGGGUUUUCGUCUCCGGGGCCGACGUACGACCAUCGCGUGAAGCCCGAGCUUGUGACUCCGGGCGACAGCAUCAUUUCUGCCCUCUCUGACGGCAACAUUUCCACGCGACAGUGCACCGUCGUUAGCAUGCGGGGGACCUCCAUGGCAACUGCCGCCUUGGCGGGGUCGGCGGCGCUGAUGCGUCACCACCUCCGCAAGCUGGAGAACGUCUCCUCUCCGUCCGCCGCGUUGCUGAAGGCGUUGCUGAUUCACGCCACCGUGAAUUUGAAUAACUCGCGGAUGAGUGGGUUCGGCCGUCUUGACAUGUCUCUUUUUUUUACUCCAACUGGCAUUCGCGGGUGGUUCCGCGACAGAAAUUUUAUUGACCAUCACACUAGUAACGUGCACCAUUUUACCCUGGGGCCUGUGUCACCUGAAGUAGACGAAAUGGUGCGUGUGACACUUGCCUGGACGGACCUCGGGGCCGCGAUGGAGGGCUCGCUGAAGUCGUUGGUCAACGAUCUCGACGUGGUAGUGGUGGACUCCACAGGUGUCUUGCACUUUGCUGGCAGCAACAACACCCUCGACACCACGAAUGUCAUGGAGCAAAUUCGUUUGCCACCAUCCUGGGAAUUGGCCGCAGGAUUCCGCGUCUUGGUUUACGGCGGCAGCGUACACGCGGGGAUCAAACAGCCGUACGCCCUUGUGGUGUCUGGACCGAGUUUGAGGUACGUGGGCGAUGCGGACGUCAUGCCCAAUGUGAGGUGCGCCAACAACUGCAGUGGACACGGCGACUGCGUUGGGGGUGUCUGCAAGUGCCACGCCGGGUAUCGGUUUGUUGAUUGCUCUAUUUGCGACGAGGAAACCGUUUGUCAUGGGCAUGGGACGUGUGAGGCAAAGGAGCUGCGGUGCACCUGUGACAAUGAGCACUUUGCCGACGCAAACUGUUCCUCGUGCAAAUCGGGGUGGUACGGACCGUCGUGUUCUUCCGACUGCAAGUGUAGCAACAGGGGCAAGUGCGACGUGGUGACUGGCGAAUGCGCCUGUCCAAUGGACAAAAACGUGGGGUGGAUCGGGGUGUUUCGCGGGUCCAGCUUGCGAGUUUUGCUGUCAGGACUUUGCCGGCGAAAAUUGUAA